UUAUCGAAGGCACAAAAGGCCGCCACAAAAAUGAAGCCAAUAUUAAAAGUCGGCCUCAAAUCACCUAUCUUGCUACUGAUUUCUCUAAAUAUUUGCGCAGCCAGAUGGGAGAGCGCUUAUGAGCACUUAUGUGAUAAAAAAGGCUGUAGUUAUCUGGUGAGAUUGGACGAUAUUGUGGAUAAGAUACCGCAUCAAUUAUUUUUCGAAUGGGAAUGGAACGGCUAUUAUACUGUAUAUAUGGAUGAUGAUUCGAACAGUUUUCAGUAUGGUCAUGAGAUAUGUGUGGAUGUGAGCGACUGUAAUGGCACAUUUAUUUGUGCUCAAAUCCAUGAAAUGACCAAAUUGAAGGAGCAAGUUGAUCUUAUUGUUGGAGGUCGCGUACUUGUAGAUAAUGUGCCGAUUUAUGCAGAUAAUGCUAUGACAUUCACAUUUUCAGGCACUGAGAAUUCUAUAACAAUUCCAACAGAUGUGGAAAAUUUUUUAGUAGAAUUAGGUUACUAAAUAAGUGUGUGGAUCAAUAAAAU